UCAAGACGGCGGAAGGUUGCUGCUGACGAGGACGAGGAAUGGACGCUGUUGGUGUGUGUGAAGCCAUUGCUGUGCGGGAUGAUGUGCAUGUCAUCUCGCAACAGCGCGGGGACCCCGAGCCCGCUGUGGAGGAGAAGAAGGCCGCGUUGUUGCAGCAGCUGCAGGCGAAUCCAGGGACCUUCUUGCAGCGCUGGGGCUCGCGGCUACCGGCAAAGGCGCUGCGCUACUUUGAGCCCAUGACAGACGACUACGUUGUUCAGUUUGGUCUGCGCAAGCUUCAAGUCGACCAACGGCGGCGUGCCACGACCGUUCGCAACAGGCGAUACCGACGAAUGCAGCAGCUGCUGCAAGAAGGCACGUUCUUUUCCGAGGAGGCCAUGAAGGAGCGCUGCCCCUGGCUGUAUGAUCAGUUUGUUGGCCGGUACUUGAGCGAUGCUGAGGUGGAGCAGCGUGUGCAAACUGUCACCCAGUGCUGGUCUGAUCAGCUUCUUGCCCACACCGUCGGCCAGCGCACAACCGAGCGGUUACAUCUGGAACAGCAGGCGGCACUCGCAAGCUGGGAGGAAGAAGAGGAGGAAGAGGAGGAAGAGGCUGACGCUGAUGGCGGAAAGGGUAUACCCGGACUGCCCUCGAGUGCAUCGCAGCCAACACGUGCAGUCAGCACCAUGGCCGCCACCACGCAGUCAUUGGAGCAGCAGCUGCUCGGGGACGAGUCGGAGGAGGCACGCGACCAGGAGCGAGCACAGCUGAGCAACGAGGAGCGAGAGCGACUACGAGAGGAGUUUUCUCGCAUGAUGCAAGAACGGUUUCUGCGCGGGGAAGAUGAAGAGUUCUUUGACUACAGCGCUGUUGACGACAACCCAGACCUGGAUGAUCUCGCCGCACGCGCACGGGACGAGCAAGACGCUUACUUUGACGCAGACUGAUGCCCUCAGCCCUGCAUGCGUGUUUAUGUGUGCAUGUGUAUGGUGCGUGAAUGUGCCCAUCUGGCCACACGGCAUAUCCGCUUGCUCUUACGUUGACACCACCAUGUGUCACCUGGGUGAAACUUGUCUCUGCACGUCAACUUAUGAUUAGACACACCAGGCCACCGCACACGUGCACACUUUCCUUCAUUCGGUCUGGGCGGUUG